CGUCCGUUUUUUCAUCCGACGGCCCUCCGUUUCUCCUCUAAACCAAACAGACAAACCCCAACCCUUAUCCAGACAAUACCUGCGACUGUCGUUCCCAAAUUGCCCUCGUAAAUUCCCUUUAGCUACGUAUCCUGCCACGCAAGCCCACACGGCGCCUUCCUACGCCACCGGCCAAAUUAAUCAUCGAAAUAAAUCAAAUACUCAAAUCUAAAAUCGCUUCCACCUGUAGAGCGAGAGAGGCAAAGCCAAGGUAACAGACGAGAAGAGAGAGAGAGAGAGAGAGAGCGAGAACGAGAGUCGAGUCGAGACCGCCAUUGAAGAAGCUAACAAUUUUUUCCAGUUUGCAUUUCUUCCGGCGGACUUCUGCCCUUCGAGGCGACGGGCGAUCGCUCGGAGAUUUAAAAUCUUACCGGCGAGCUCGUUGUUGUUGUUUCUAAUCUUUCGUUUUCUUCAUUUCCCUUGGCGUUGCUUUUGUCAAUCGGGGGAAACGAAUUAAACUGACUGGUCCCUGGAACCCUAAUUCCGUCUUAACGGACGCCAUCCGAGCUCUCUCGAAUUUCUGACCGGGGGAGGGAAAACGCUCGAUUUAAAAGGGAGCCGGAGGCGGGGUGCGUGUUUCGUCAUCGGGUUUUUUUUCGUGUGUGUGUGGAUUUUGAGAUGGUUGGGGGAGGAGCGAGCGGGAGGAAGAAUGAGCAGGCGGUGCUGAACAAUAACAAUGUCUUCGCUGCGCUCGACACCUUGAGGAAGAAGAAGAAGAGUUCGAGCUCCUCCGCUGCUGCGAGUUCCGGCAAGGACCGGUCUAAAUCGAAAUCGAGCAAGGAGGAGAAGGAGGCAGCGGAGAAGGUGUUCUGGGCUCCGGCACCGCUCACGACGAAGUCUUGGGCUGACGUCGAGGACGAGGAUGACGACGAUUACUACGCGACUACUGCCCCGCUCGCGCCCGCCUGGGGUGCCGCUCCCGGUGCCAAGCCGGAGAAGGAGGCCGUGGAGGAAAGUGAAAGUGAAGAAGAAGGUCUUGAUGAAGUCGAUGAUGAGGUGGAGGAUGUGGAGGAAGAACAUGAACCUGAGCCUGCCACAGAAGUGGAGCCUGUUAAGAAGCAACCUGAGGUUUCUUUGCCUUCGAAGGAUACAGAAAGGCAACUCUCGAAGAAGGAAUUGAAGAAAAAAGGGCUUGAAGAACUUGAUGCUGUACUUGCAGAGUUAGGAUAUGCGAAACAGGAGUCGACUGGUCAGGAUGCCUCUGAUGGAGAAAAGAAAACCGACAACAAUGGACAAGCGAAGAAGGAAAAUGGCCCAGGAGAGAGCAAGAGUGCCAAAAAGAAGAAGAAGAAGGAAAAGACCUCAAAAGAAGCCCCCAAGGAUUCGGAGGACCAGUCUCAAAGUGCAAGUGUUGUAGCAGCAAAUAGCACUGCUGAGGCCGAGAAGUCGGAUGAUGCAUCGAGUGGUGUAGAUGUGAAAGAGAGGCUGAAGAAAGUGGUGGCCAAAAAGAAGAAAUCAAGCAAAGAAGUAGACGCUGCUGCCAAGGCUGCUGCCAGUGAGGCUGCCGCCAGGCGAGCAAAGGUUGCUGCGGCGGCAAAGAAGAAAGAGAAGGCUCACUACAAUCAGCAGCCGGUGCGGUAAGCCGCCGGCUAGGAUCGAAAAAUUCAAAACUGUCCUUUGUUUUUUCUUCUUUCUCACCCCCCCUCAUUCCAGAGAAACCAGAACUUCUGUUUUGAUUUUGACGUUGCAAAUAAACCUCAGGCUUUUAUCGCGAAAAAAUUAAAUUGUCAUUUCAAUAUGGAUAGCAAAAAAGGUUACUACUUCAUCACACGUCGACUUGCUCUGGUUUUCUAGUGUUAGUAUUGCUUGUUUAUACACAAUCACGAUUUCUCGGUUCAUUUCGUCGAUUAUUUUCCAGUUGUUUCAUGUCUCUGAGUGACUAUUGGUAAGUUCACGGAGUUGUUGUGCUCCGGUGUCCCUGAUCGGCCGUCGUCCGGGGUCCGUGAUCGGCCGUCGUCGGUUGGUGGUGGGGCAGUAGGUGUUCGACGAAAUGCCGGACUGUGGGAUCGUGGUAGUUGAGUUAUGAGAUGGGAUUGGGAGGGAAACAAUCUGAACUGUUUAAUAGCCACAAGAGAAUUUACCGUUACACUUUUGUUUUCGCUUUGGUCUAUUUUUGAGAUAAUUAUUUGGUAUGAAUAAUUUGGAAAAAAAGGGUAAAACGACGU